CACAACUGGAAUCCUGACGCCGUGCCUGGCGCAGCCUAUAUAGGUGACAGUAAGUUAGUGAGAAGAGUGAGAAGAACCGACGAGAAAACAAACCAGAGACACCAAUAAUUCAAUGCUCCUAUCAUGAAGCUCUUUGUCGCAUUUAUAUUAUACAUGUAUAUUAUUCUGGCAGAAGCCCACAGAUCCCCGGAUCCAAGGCUGGAGUUCACACAUGAUAUGAAAAUGAAGCGCAUUACUCUUCCGCACAAACAAACCCAUAUACAACUGGUCGAAGAUGGGGCGAAUAAAGUGAUUAUGAAAGCAGAUCAACACCUGUAUUCUCUCGAAUUUGCCCAGGAAACGAACAUCACAACUCUUGGAAGCCGAUGUGAAGGAGGCAGUCCUCAAGUUGAACCCUAUGCGUACAACAUCACUGUGCUGCACAAACUGAAGGGGAUCGAGAACCAGGUGUUCCUUUGUGAGACAAGUGAAACAAGGACGAAGUGCUGCAUCAGGGAUUUGUCACCAUCUGGAGAGUGCAGGGCCCCAAAGCGUCUAGAGGGAAUCAGCAGCACCAUCAAGGAGUACCGCCUCCGGGCCGGGGAGCCCUCGCUCUUUAUCGAGGCACAAGGAAGUGAUGUGCUUUACGUCACUCAGUCCAGCACAGAGAACUCCAUUGGGAUCUACAAGUUUGGUUCGGACCGGGUCAGACCCACCGCCCCCGAUAAUGCUCCGCUCCCGGUAGAGCCCCAUUACAUGGGCUUGGUCUCCUUUGAGGGUACAAACCGGACGCAGGACAAACUGUAUGCCUUCUUUAAAGAGAAGAACACGGCUGGUGAUCCGGAGAGCGACAUGUGGCUGCCCUUCGUGGCCCAAGUUUGCAAGGCUGACACAGGUGGUCCCAAAACCAAACUGCAGUACCAGUGGACGUCCCAGUUAAAAGCCCGGCUCUUCUGCGGGGACAAAGCCAGCAAACAGCACUUCCCGGAGCUGGUGGGCGUGGCCUUCUAUCCCCAGAAGGAUGAUGACAGAGUCUACGGGCUCUUCCGGAACGAGUGGAACAUGAGUGCCGUGUGCGUAUUUCCUGUACACGCCAUCCGCAAUGUCUUUGAAACCUCCUCCUUCAAGGGAAACAAGGGGCUGCCCCCCGUCCCAAGGCCGGGCGCAUGCCCCUCAUUCAUGGGACAGCACAGCAAGCUGCUGGAGAGGCUGAGCUUUGUGCAGAGUCACCCCGAGAUGGACGCUCGGGUGUUCCCGGAGAGCACCCCCCUGUUGGUCAGCAACCACCACUACACACACAUACGCCUGCACGCCGUUGCCAUCCAGGGGGCGGGCCAUCACGUAGUCCUGUAUCUCUCGCUGGAGAGUGGCAAGAUCCACAAGCUUCUGGAGCGCAAGAGCGGGGCGUUCAUCAUCGCUGAGUACAGCCCGUUCAGUGACAGAACACACGUCGUGGACAUGAUGCUGCAGGGGGAUGAGAUGAAGCUGUAUGUGAGCUCGUCGAGGGAGGUGGUGCAGGUGGAGAUGCAGCAGUGUGACCGGUACGGGCCGCGCUGUGAGGACUGCGUGUUGGCCAGUGACCCCUACUGCGGCUGGGACCGGACCCACUCAGCAUGUGUUCCUUCUACAAAGGAGACACUGCAGGAUGUGGAGGGAGGGAAUCACUCUGUCUGUCCUUCCAGAAAAGGGUACUUUGGGAAAAGUACUUUGGGAAAAGUACCAGAAGAGAAGCACUCAGUGGCGAAGUCCAGGCACUUCCUUAAUUGUCCCGUCACCUCACGCCACGCUGAGUACACCUGGCACGGUCCCGGGAACGUCACCAUGGCCUGCAAGGCCACGGAGAAUGGGUGUGACCUCCCGAUCGACAGCAUCAGCCCCGAGAACCAAGGGGUCUACAGUUGCAUGGCGGUCGAGCUGGGCUACAAGAGAACUGUGGUGGAGGGGACGGUAUCUCCAUCUGCCGCCGGUCCGGGGCGGCACGGGGGGUCUGGUGUCGACUGGGUCGUGGCCAUCAGCCUUCUUCAGCUAGCAGCCAUAAUUGUUCUACAGAACACAAACUAAGGACCUUCUAUGAAGACCUCAAGGUGUUGGCUCACUUCCCCAACACGCAGCAACUCUGAGCAAUGGAGGAACAGAGAGGUUUGCAUAGAAGUCUACCUAGCUGAAGUUAAAAUGAACAAUUUCAAUCUACAUCUCUAUGAAAUGCCCCAGGCAGGGUUUCUGUCAUUAAGUAUAAUUUUCCACAUCAAGAAAUGUUUAAAGGUGACAUAGUAUACCACCACGUUUGACUGUGAUUAGCCGUUAUAAGCCAUUUUGAAAAUCUGCCUCCUUAAGUGGGUGUGUGGUUGUGAUGUCAGAAGAGGCCGAUUUUCAAAACGGCUUGAAAGGCUAAUCACACUCACACCUGGUGGUAUUUGGUAUAAUAUAGAUAGAUAGAUCGAUAGCUCCUUCAUUGUCCCCUUGGGGGAAAUUUUCUCAGUGAAUAGACGGAUACACAUGACCGUUAAAACCCAAAAUCAUAUUUCCCACGUAGUUCAAGGACCCAUAUAAGGUUGUUGGCUUUUUAAACCAACAAUUGAAACCUUAUUUUUAAAUGUUUGUUUAAGAAGCUGAUGGAUUUUGGAUUGAAUGACUGGUUUGUCUGCUACCUGUGGGUAAUAAUUCAAAGGUAGUGCAAAGUGUGUGUUUUGAAUUUGCUAAAAUUUGCAUUUGCUGCUUUACUCUGAACUCUCUCUCUGUAGUUGUGUUCCAGACUAUUCAAAUUAGUACCCAACAGUGUUCCUUGUCCCUUUUAAAUAAAACAUAAGCAGUGUAGAACAUCUUAGCCAUUUUGCAGUCUACAUCAAAUGAGAUCAGCUUUUUUAAAAAGUAAAGCCUUUGCUGGCCUUUUUUGCUGAGUUCCGUGUACUGCUCCCACUUCAACUUUUCUAAAACCACCCCCAGAUACUUAUACUCAUGGAAAGACUGUAUGGGCUGCCCUUGGAUAAUCGUUUUAUGAAAUGCUUUGUCUCUCCUAAAAUAUGUCACCUUUAAAACAAGACUGUCACGCCAACAUUAGUUUAUGGAGGUUAAGUACAGCUCACAGAGAAGGCAGCAGAACACCUUAAGAUUAAGUAUUGGAGAAUAGAGAUUCAUUUUCGUAAAACUGGAUCCGGCCUUUUGUUCCCGAUUGUUAUCUUCUUAAGGGGAAACUAGUUUGAAGUAUAAAUCUCCUUAAACUGCCAUUAUGUGCACAUGUUGUAAUAUAAUGUAAAAGAUCUCCUUUCUUUUUGCAAUUUGCACAUUUAUUUAUUUAUGUAGAUUGAAUUGCUGAUUAUCAUAUCAAUUUACGCCAUUCUCAUUGGCUCACUAUUGUUAGAGAAAUAUUUGUUACAUUUUAUAUUUGUAUUCUUUUGAAUCCGUCUUAACCUAGAUAUUCCUGAAACUCAUCAAAGGAAAACGGAGAGAAAAUAUUGUUUUCGCCCAUAUGGAUGUUCGACUCAGCAAUCUAGGAGUUUUAAGUGUAGAGUCAAAACAAGCAAAAGUCCUAGAUUUUGAUGAUUCUGGGAAUCGCUUUGCUACAAACCACAAUAACCGCAGAAUACGGCUGUUGUAAGAUGAAUCUAUGGAAUGUUAAUGUAUUUUGAAUAUAUUAGAGGCAGGGAUUUAAAAGUUAAAAAAAAUAAUGGUUUUGGCAAUUGUGUAAUUGAUUUUCUGAUAAAUGCACAGCAUUGUGGCUUUUUACUUUUA